AUGCAAUAACAAUAUUCAAAAUAAGAAAACUCAAAAGAUUUUGAAGAAUUUCACAAUAUUGAAGAGUUGAAAGAAUUAUUUAUUUUAAAUUCAAUAAAUGAUGGAACAAGUUUUUAGAAAGUCAUAAGAUUGGGAGGUGAUCAUGGGUUGGCAAAUUAAUUGAAAUCGCAUCUAUUAGUAGAAUCAAAAAUUAAUUUAAUUAGAAAGGAAUAGACUCAGAAGCAUAAGUGUAAGAGAAUCGAAUUAGAUUUGGAAAUAAUGAUCCAGUCGAAAAGGAGCCUGCAAAAUUAUGGGAAUUAAUAUUAGAAUGUUUUGGGGAUACAAUGCUUUAAAUUCUGCUAAUAGCAGCUUUGGUUAGUACUAUAAUUGGUAUAAUAAAUGAAGGUAUAAAAACUGGAUGGACAGAAGGGUAUAAAUUAAAAUUGAAUAUUUAGAGCAACAAUAUUUUUAGCUGUUUUUUUAAUUGUUUCAAUAACAGCUGGUAAUAAUUAUUUAAAAGAGAGAUAAUUUUAAUAAUUGAGACGUAAAUUGGAUGAUGGAAUGGUAUAAGUAGUAAGAGGUGGAAUAGUUGAGAUAUCAAUAAAAGAAAUAGUAGUUGGAGAUAUAUUAUAAUUUGGUAUUGGAGAUAUAUUUCCAGUUGAUGGUAUUAUAAAUUGAAUUGAAUAUAUAGGUAUGAUGAUAUAGGGUUCUUAGAUAAAGGUUGAUGAGUCACCAAUGACAGGAGAAUCUGAUGAAAUAAAAAAAUUACCAUAUAAUGAAAUGUCUUAAUAAUAAAUGAAAAAUAGCAAAGAUCAUCAUCAUUAUAGUCCCUUUUUAAUAAGUGGUACUAGAUGUUUAGAUGGUAAUGGAUACAUGUUGGUAAUGCAAGUAGGUCAAAAUACAAUAUAAGGAUAAUUAAAAUAAUUAUUAAAUUAAGAUAAUCCUCCAACACCUCUUUAGUAAAAAUUAGAAGGAGUGGCUGAAAAUAUAGGAAAAUUGGGUACAUUGGUGGCAAUAUUAACAUUUAUAGCAUUGAUGGGACAUCUACUUAUUGAUGUUUUUAUAGAUCAUAAACAUGGAUUAUUAACUUUAAAAUCAUUGUAAUUAAUAAUUGAAGCUUUUAUGAUUGGUGUAACAAUAAUAGUAGUGGCAGUUCCAGAAGGUUUACCUUUAGCAGUGACAAUAGCUCUAGCUUAUUCUGUAGGAAAAAUGAAAGAUGAAUAGAAUUUAGUGAAGAAUUUAGCAUCUUGUGAAAUUAUGGGUGGUGCAAAUAAUAUUUGUAGUGAUAAAACAGGAACUUUAACAUAAAAUAUAAUGUAGGUAACAGCAUUAUGGAUUGAAAAUCGCGUUUAUUAGAAUCAAGAAAUUAAUAUAACAUCAAAAAUAUCGAAAUAAUCGAUUGGAAUAAUGUCUGAAUCAAUAUGUUAUAAUUCAAUAGCUAAUCCAACUAAAGAUAGAGAUACAAAUAGAUGGACAUAAAUAGGUAAUAAAACUGAAUGUGCAUUAAUUGAAUUAUCAGAUAAUUUUGGAUAUAAAUACUCUAAUUAUAGAUUAAAUGAUAGAAUUCUAAGAUAAAUUCCUUUUAGUAGUAAAAGAAAGAAGAUGGUUACUGCUAUUUUAAAUCCAUAAAAUUAAACUAUCAGGAUAUUUAGUAAAGGAGCUUCAGAAAUUAUUUUAGCUUAAUGUUUUAGAUAUAUAUCUAAUAAUGGUACAGAAGUACUUCUAGAUAAAACAAAAAAAGAUGAUAUUUUACAUAAUGUUAUUGAAAAUUUUGCAUCUCAAUCACUAAGAACAAUAGCCAUAGCAUAUAAAGAUUUAGAACCUUAAAGUUAAGCAAUAAAAGGAUUUGUUAAUGCAAAAGCACAUGUACAUCAAAUAAAUGAAGAGGAAAUUGAUAAAGAUUUAACUUUGAUUGCAAUAGCAGGUAUCAAAGAUCCAAUAAGACCUGAUGUAGCUAAUUCUAUAAGAUAAUGUACGAAAUCUGGAGUGACAGUUAGAAUGGUUACAGGAGAUAAUAUAAUAACAGCUUAAUCUAUUGCGUUGGAAUGUGGAAUAUUAGAAAAGAAUAGAGCAUAAUCAGAAUUUGAAGUGAUUGAAGGAAAGAAAUUCAGAGAUUUGGUUGGAGGAUUAAUAAAUGGUAAAAAUGAAGAAGGAAAUGAAAUAAAAGUAGUAAAAAAUAUGUAGAUCUUUUCAAAAAUAAGUAGAGAAAUGAAAGUAAUGGCUAGAGCAUCACCUGAAGAUAAAUAUUUAUUAGUUACUGGUUUAAUUUAAGAAGGUAAUGUUGUUGCAGUUACAGGAGAUGGUACUAAUGAUGCACCUGCCUUAAAAAAAGCAGAUGUUGGUUUUGCCAUGGGAAUUACUGGAUCAGAUGUAGCUAAAGAUGCUGCUGAUAUAAUAUUAAUAGAUGAUAAUUUUAGUUCAAUUAUUACAGGUAUUAAAUCUUAAUAUCUAAUAGCUAUGAAAUGGGGUCGAAAUAUUUAUGAUUGUAUUAGAAAAUUCAUCUAAUUUUAAUUGACAGUUAAUUUAGUUGCAUUGUUUAUGUCUUUUACAGGUGCUGUAAUACUUAAACAGUCUCCACUUAAUGCUAUUUAAAUGCUCUGGGUUAAUUUAAUUAUGGAUACUUUUGCUUCUUUAGCUUUAGCAACAGAACCGCCUUCUAUUAAAGUUUUAGAUAGAUAACCUUAUAGGAGAACAGAUUAAAUUGUAUCUCCAACUAUGUAUCGUACUAUUGUUGGUGCAAGUUUGUAUCAAAUAGCUAUUCUUACUUAUAUUUUAUUUUUAUUACCAAAAUUCAUUGAUUGCUCUAUUCCAUAAGAAUUGAUUGGAUAAAAAGUAAAUAUUUUAUUUUAUUCAUUCAAAGUACCCACAUAAUGUAGUACAAAUGAGUAUCUUCUUUUAAGCAUUUGUGUUAAUGCAAGUAUUUAAUUCAAUUACAUGUCGAUAAUUAGAUUAUCACACUAGAAAUCCUUUUGCUAAUUUUUGUAACAAUCCUUUAUUCUGGAUAGUACAAACCAUUACAGUUAUUGUUUAAGUUUUACUUAUUCAAUAUGGAGGAAAAUAUGUUAAAGUUUCUCAUUUAAAUUUAUUUUAACAUUUAUUAUGUGUUGCUUUUGGUAUUGGCGGAAUCAUCUUUUCUAUUCUAUUUAAGUUCAUACCAGAAUAAUUUUGUCAGAAAAUUCAACUAUUUAGAGAAGAAGAAAUCAAAACUGAAAAGAUGGAUGAUACCUUAACAAGUAAAUUAAGACGAAAGUCUACUAUGCGUUUACAUACUAGUUAAAGAAGUAAACAUGAUUUAGGAAGUAUGAAGAAAAUGAGUUCGGAUAAAUUGUGA